CAGCCUCAACACAACACCAUCACACGAUCCCUUCAAAUCACAAACCUCACAAUCCAACCAUGAUCCAAAGAACCCUCCUUCGCCAAUCCAGAGUCCUGAGCUCCAGCGUCCGCUCAGCAGCACCACGAACAUCCCUCGCCCGUCCCCAAUUCAGACCCGCGCCCACUGCGCUGGGAGUAUCGCGGCAGGCGGCAAUAAGAUGGUAUAGCUCCGAGCCGGAAGCGAAGAAAGAUGAGGACGUAAAGAAGGAUGAGAAGAGUGAGGGUGAGGAUCCGGCGAAGAAGGAAUUGGAGGCGAAGAAUAAGGAGAUUUUGGAGUUGAAGGAUAGAUACCUCCGCUCCGUCGCUGAAUUCCGCAAUCUCCAAGAACGAACUAAACGGGACAUGCAAUCCGCGAAAGACUUUGCGAUUCAAAAGUUUGCCAAAGACCUCGUCGAAAGCGUCGACAAUCUCGACCGCGCACUUGCCAUGGUUCCUGAAGAGAAGCUCAAUGCAGAUCAGAAGAAUGAGCACCUCAAGGAUCUGCUUGCGCUGUACGAUGGGUUGAAGAUGACUGAGAACAUCUUGAUGAAUACCUUGAAGAAGCAUGGACUGGAACGAUUCGAUCCAAGUGUUGAGGCCGAAAAGUUCAACCCGAAUGAGCAUGAGGCGACAUUCAUGACGCCUAUGCAAGGGAAGGAGGACAAUACAGUGUUCUUGACGCAGCAGAAGGGAUUUAAGCUUAAUGGGAGGAUACUGCGAGCUGCCAAGGUUGGCGUGGUGAAGAAUUCAUAGACUUCUCCAUCUGCUUGUAAGAAUGGGGAGAGAACUUGUACGAAACAAAUUUGUCUGGCAUCUUGGGCGUCAUUCAUGGGGUGGGAUCUUCUGUAUAUGUAUGAGUAGGAGGAAAAGAAGGCGUUGGAUUCAAUGUUCGAUAUUGGUGUAUGACACAACUCACUGCUCCUCUCCAUGGCGGUAGAAAAGGCUGGCUUGCAUUGUAUAGGGUUUGCAAGGCUUCCUUCAUAGCAUGCGGGAAUUGUAGACUCAGGGAUGGGUUUAUGACGAUCUUAUUAUCUAAUGUACAAAAUCUGCAUGUGCGUUCUUUCGCCAUGCUGCAAGUCAUUUAUUAUGCCACUGU